UACUUACAGCAAUUUGCUGAGUGUACAAAUUUGUGGAGCCAUUUAAUAUAUAUAGAGCUAACCUACUACUGUAACAUCUAUCUAUUUCCUUUUCGAGAAACCAACAAUCAUGGUGAAUGUGUUCCAAGCUGUCUCUCUGCUUCUAGGACUACUUGCUGCCUCAGAAGGUGUAUUAGAGUACCAGAGUCACAAUGCCAAACACCAUGGCAAUAUCAUCUUCCGAGAGUUCUCUGAGUCCAAAAAUAAGAGACAAGCUCCUCAAAUGAACGAAACUACGAAGGAUGACCAUGUCUACUAUACGUCCGUGUUCCACCCGCCUGGGGCAAUGGCAAACAGCCUCUGGUUCGACAUUUCCAAUCUGCCAGACAGAGAAAAUGUCAACCUCUCUGAUCCAAUCCUCUCUAACAACUACAGAUUCUUUGCUUCACACCCUCUCCUGUUCGACUUUCCCUACUAUGGUCACACCAUCAACUCUAUCUCCGUGACAACGGGUGGGUUUCUAUACGCCAGUAACUACACACAUGCUGAGCUGAUUGCACUGACCCACAACAUCGCUCCCCUACAAGCUGACUUCAACCCUGAGACUAACGACACGGCCAGAAUUUUCAUCUAUUCCACAAGCGAUCGCUUCACGGUUCAAUGGAACCAGGUGCACAAUCACGACCAUGUCAAUGACGGACCCUUCACAUUCCAAGUCUCCCUGUUCCAGGAUGGCUCCAUACACUUUGUCUAUAGGGAGAUUCCACUGGCUGUGAGUGACAUCAAUAAUGAAAAUCAUCCGGUGGAGGUGGGACUCUCCGACUCUUUUUAUGUAGACGAGCCGGUCCCCGGAGGAUUUAUUGUGCGCACGGUGUUUGAGUACAGUCGUAUCCAACUCAACGCCACACAGCAGCUGCAGAACAGUGCCUACGUCCUCACACCUGUACUCAAUUGUGUAGUGGCUAGCUCGUGUGACGAGUGCAUCAUGCUCAGCACUACGUCCAGCUUCAACUGCGAGUGGUGUCCCACAGCUGGGAGGUGUUCUGACGGGAUUGAUCGAUACACUCAGGACUGGUUCGAGAGUGAAUGUUCUGAAACGGCAGUGACGACAUGUCAAGUUGUGUCUCCUUUGUCAGCUGGGGCAGUGGCUGGGAUCAGUGCAGCGGUAGUGAUCGUUCUCGCCGUGGUGAUACUGGGUCUGGGUAUUAUUGUCAUAGUGUUCAUUGCCUACAAGAGACCCACCUCACGAAUGGGCCUCUUUUUAAUUGAGCAUCGUCCUAAGGCCAUGUCUCUGAACAAAGGCUCUGCCUCCUACAACGUAGACUCCGGCAAUACAAUACUCAAGGAAGACCUAAGCACAUAGCAAAGUAUAACUUACCACUGUUACAGUAUCGCUAAUAAUUAUUGGCUGUAAGCAUUGUACCAUCGAUUCGUAUGUGCAUUUAUUUGCAUAUUUUUAUUCAACUUUAAAUUAUAGAAAUUUCUGUACUCAUGUAUAUAAGAUGUCUGAUGAUUGAAUAUAAA